AUGAGGUUUAUAUGUCAACGGGUGAUAUCUUUAUCAUUAGUGUUGGCGUUUUUAUUCACCUCAUCAUGUGCAAUUUAUACCGAGGGUGAAUUUGAAAAUAAAAAUAUAAAAUCAGCUACUUUUAUUUCUGAAAUGUUUGAAAUAGGUCCCGGAAAAGUUGCGGCUAAAACUUUUUUUGAUGUUGAGUUUCCAAAGGGCCAUGUUGGAAUAAAGAGCUUUGAUGCUGAAUUAGUUGAUGAAGAAGGGAAUUCUGUCCCAUUAUAUGAAGCAUACCUACAUCAUUGGUUUGCGAUUAAAUACCAUGCGAAAGAUUGGAAUAUGUUAAAAAUAGUUCCUAAGAAUCCAUUAGAAGGUGCUAUUUAUAUUAGAAAUGAAGGAACAUGUAAUAGUUACAUUCUUCCUGCUUAUUGGGGUUUGGGAGGUGAAUCACGAGGAACAAAAUCAAAUAUACCAGAUCCUUAUGCUGUAGAACAAGGAAACCCUUCGUAUGUUCCAAUUGGAUAUGAAGAAAAGUGGCUCCUCAAUCUCAUGGUUAUUGACACACGUGGCACAAAACAUAGAAAACAUUGCACAGAAUGUAGGUGUAACCGUUUUAAUUUGCCAAAGAAUUUUUAUAAUGUCACACUUGGCAUUGAUGGAAAACCGUUGAGCUCAAAUUAUAAAGGAGGAAUUUUUUGUUGCCAAGAUAAUUUACAAUGCAAAUUAAAAAAGGAUUUUGAAGCACCUACAAGAAAACUUGCCCUAAGAUACAAAAUAACAUGGGUUGAUUGGAGCCAACAACAAAUUCCUGUUAGAUUUUAUAUACUUGAUUCAACCGAUCGAGUUAGAAAAAAUGGUUCCCAAAUAAUUCACGAUUGCCAGUCAGAGUUUACAAUUCCACCAAAUAAUGGUAAAAAACACUCUCAUCCUCAUAUUGAGAAAGCAAACAUUCCAAUUGAAAAAGGUGGUUAUCUUAUAUAUGGCACUUCUCAUAUGCAUACAGGUGUCAUUAAUGCAACAUUAUAUGGACAGGAUGGAAGAAUUUUGUAUACUUCGAAACCAACAUAUGGAGAUGGAAAGGAACCAGGUAAUGAGAAAGGUUAUGUUGUGGGAAUGUCAGGAAGUUAUCCCAAACCAGGUUCAAUCAAGAUAAAAGAUGGAGAAACUCUGACAGUAGAAACAAGAUAUAAAAGUGGAUUUCUCACCGGAGCUAUGGGACACAUGUAUAUCUAUUUGACGGAUCGAUUAGCAUAA